GGACGGUGUCCAUGAUUCUCCCGAUCAUGCAGCACAGCUUGCCAUGUUCGAAGCGUUGGUGCAGAAUCAGGCGGAGUUUGAUCUCAUUAGCCUUGAGGAUCCCGAGAUUUUCGAGGAGCAGGUGGGGCAUGUCCAGCCGGUGAAGCCGGCUUUGGCUCCAGUGACUCCAGUGGUCAUCGAUGACGGCGAUGCCAUCACAGAGAUCAACCUCUCACCACCGCCCAAGAAGAGGCCGCCCCUGGCAUCGCCCAAGAGCGCCUUCGCCUUCGCCCGGCGCUGUCGGAAGUCGGACGCUGCGCAAGCGGAAGGCGAUUGGAUUUACCCUGCAUGGCCUGGCGGGUGCCGCAGCAGUGGUGUUCAAUUGAUUGCAGCGGGUGCCUCCUGCAAGGCUGAGAGCGCGGCGGUGGAGGAGGAUGCAGAUGGGGAAGCACCGCGACAGAAGACCGUCCUUUUCCAGCGAAGCUCCUUGCUACCUGAUGACCUAGGUGUGAGCCAUCCAGACCCACUGUGUGAGCCACAAGCCAUCAGGGACACGAUACCAGAGCCUUUCGGGCCGGAGGAUGAAGUGCGGAUUCCGCAGCGGCUCGUGAAGGAAGGUUUACUUUCUUCUCCCCAGCUAGAGGCGAUUGCUUUGGCUGCUCGGCGCUUCCGCUGCAGCCUCUCUACUGGUGCUCGAUGUGGUUUCCUGCUUGGAGAUGGCACUGGCUGCGGCAAAGGCCGUUGCAUUGCUGCUUUGAUCCUGGACCAGUGGAACAGGGGAAACCGCAGGCACAUUUGGAUGUCUGCUAACAGUGACUUGUACCAAGACGCAGUUCGAGAUCUCCAGGAUUUGAAGACCGGAAUUCCAAUUUGCAAUUUAGCGCGGGUGAAAGCGCGAGGGAACUUGGAUUCAGACAAGUCUGAUCCUGAGCUGUCAAAACUUGGCAAGACGAAGGACGGGGUGCUGUUUCUGACAUACUCCCUGCUGGUCUCUGCAGGACGAAAUGGUGGGAGUUCACGUUUCCAACAGCUUUUAGCCUGGCUACGCCAUCACCAUCCGUCUGGGAGCGGCUUAUUGGUACUGGAUGAGGCCCACAAAGCCAAGAAUUUGGAUGCCGGCACACGGUGCGCAGCAUUGGUUGAGCAGUUGCAAGCGGAAUGUGCAAACUGUCCAUUGCUCUACGCAACUGCCACGGGUGCCACCGAAGUUGCACAUAUGCAGUACAUGGUGCGGCUUGGUUUGUGGGGAAGUGGAAGUCGCGGCGGUCACCCUGGCCCUGCACAGCUGGCCAAGCAAGGCAGUAAGGCGGUACAGACACCGUUCCCAAACUUUGCCUCCUUCCGGAAGGUGGUGGAGAAAGGUGUCACUGCGAUGGAGUUGGUCGCCGUGCAGCUUCGCCUGUGUGGCGCUUUGUCCUGUCGAUCCUUGUCCUUCUCGGGCACCGAGUUCCAACUCGUCACAGCACAUUUCUCAUCCGAACAGCUACAGCAGUACGAUUCUUCCAGUGAGCUUUGGGAAGACUUGCGGCAACAUGUGGAACUGCUGAAGGACAUGGACAUGUUCGAUGAGAGCAGCCGAAAAAUAAUUGAAACACAGUUUUGGGCAGCUCAGCAGCGCUUCUUCAAGGGCCUGCUGGUGGCUGCUAAAGUCUCCAAAGCUGUGGAGCUGGCGAAAAAGGCAGCAGUGGCUGGUGAAGCGGUUGUCAUUUCAUUGUGGACCACCAAUGAAGCUGCAAUACAGAAGACUGAAAUCUCUGGCUUUGCCUCGGGACCGGAGCUGACCUUUGAGCAGUUUUUGCAACAUCUUCCAACCACCAAAAACGGGCAGGAGGUCACAUUUGCAGCGCAAGGAGUGGAAAGCUUGAUCAAACGGCUUCAUGAUUUGAGAUUGCCACCAAAUCCCCUGGACGAUUUGAUCAGCCAGCUCGGUGGGCCGUCCUGCGUGGCGGAAAUGUCCGGGCGCUCUCAGAGGAGCCUCAAGGAUCCCACCACUGGAGAGGUGAAGCGACAGCAGCGCCGGGUGACCAAAGAUUCGCGCAAAGCGAACGGAGCUGGAAGCAGAGGACAUUCUUCUCUUUCCGUGAACGUCGGUGAGCAACGUGCCUUUCAAAGUGGCGCCAAGGUCUUCGCCGUGAUCACCGAAGCAGCUUCCGCGGGCAUCUCGCUGCACAGCGACCGGCGGGAACUCCUCAGAGGUGCUCGGCCGCGCAGACGACAUAUGAUUUGCUUGGAGCUGCCCUGGGCAGCUGACAAGGCAGUGCAACAGCUCGGCAGAGUUCAUCGAUCGAACCAGCUGCAUCCGCCCAAGUUUACUUGCAUUGUGACCGACCUGGCGGGCGAGGCGCGCUUUGUCUCUGCCGUGUCGAAGCGUCUCGUGCAGCUGGGCGCAAUGACGCGUGGGGAUCGCCACAGCGGCUUUGGCUCGGGCAGCGAUGCGUUUGGCUUUGGUCGGAUGGAUUUGAUGAGUGGCUCCUAUGGCCCCCGGGCGCUUUCUAAGGCCUUGGCCGACUUGGUGGCCCAAAAGCAGCAGCUUCGUUUGAGUUUGGCCAAGUGGCCAGGAGGCUGGGAGGAGUUUGCCACAGCAGCGCAGGUAGCGUUGGAGAAGCAGCAGGUCUUUCUAGGCAGAGAUCAGGAUGCAACCACACUGAAGAAAUUCCUCAACCGCAUUUUGGGGAUGAGCUACCGCUUGCAGGAGAUCUACAAUGCAAUGUAA